GAUAGGGGCCCUAAAGAGGGCUGUGGACAGGAUUGAGGAGCUCCUGCACAUCCAAUAACCUUUAAGCGACACUCAGUUUCCAGAAUAGAGGCACACGUGUGUAGGCCGGCACUAGGACCCAAGAGAGCCAGGAAGGCGGCAAGCCAGUGGAGGAGGAGCCGACGUCUUCCGCUGGCGCUAAGGCCGCGCGGAGUUCCGGAGGUGGGCGGGGCACAGGAGGCGCGCGCAGGCGCAGGCGCAGACUGCGGGCGGAUGGAGCCGGAGCCGGAGCCGGUGUCGGUGUCUGCGGCCGUGGAGGUUCCUCCGGGGCGCGUGCUCAGCGCCUCGGAGCUCCUCGCUGCACGCUCGCGGUCCCAGAAGCUGCCCCAGCGGUCGCACGGCCCCAAGGACUUCCUCCCCGAUGGCUCGGCGGCCCAGGCCGAGCGGCUGCGCCUGUGCCGGGAAGAGCUCUGGCAGCUGCUGGCGGAGGAGCGCGUGGAGCGCCUGGGCAGCUUGGUGGCCGCCGAGUGGAGACCGGAAGAGGGUAUCGUGGAGUUGAAGUCUCCUGCGGGUAAAUUCUGGCACACCAUGGGCUUCUCGGAGCACGGCCGACAGCUGCUUCACCCCGAAGAGGCCUUGUAUCUGCUGGAGUGUGGCUCUAUUCAGCUGUUUUGCCAAGACUUGCCAUUGUCUAUCCAGGAAGCCUACCAGCUGCUGCUCACUGGGGACACUGUGACUUUCCUACAGUACCAGGUCUUCAGCCACCUGAAGAGGCUGGGCUAUGUGGUUCGACGAUUUCAACCAAGCUCUGUCCUGUCCCCUUAUGAGAGGCAGCUCAACUUGGAGGGCUAUGCCCAGCACCUAGAGGAUGGGACUGGCAAGAGGAAGAGGAGCACCAGCUCUCGGCCUAUUAAUAAGAAGGCCAAGGUCCUGGAGGAAUCCCUGCUACCUACAAGCCUGGCAGCUUCCAGCCCACCUGCCAACAUCCACAACAGCCAGUGCUCAGUGGAGAAGCCCCAGGAGUCAAGCUGCAUGAAGGACCUUGGGGUCCCACUUCAGCUUCUGGGAUCCCUGGAGCCCUGCCCUGUUCUGGCCCCAGAGGGCCGGGGGUGUGACCAGGACAGUGGCAAAGCAGAGAAUGGAGUCAAGGGGGCUCGUAAGCUACGCUGGAACUUUGAGCAGAUCUGCUUCCCCAAUAUGGCUUCAGAUAGCCGCCACACCCUCUUGGCUGCACCAGCCCCAGAGCUGCUCCCGGCCAACAUUGCUGGGCGGGAGACAGACACUGAGUCCUGGUGCCAGAAGCUGAACCAGCGAAAGGAGAAGCUUUCCCGACGGGAGCAAGAGCAACAGGCAGAGGCCCGGCAAUUCUGGGAAGACAUAAACGCAGAUCCUGAGGUGCAGCAGUGCUCCAGCUGGCGCGAGUACAAGGAACUGCUGCAGAGGCGGCACCUACAGAAGAGACCCAGCUCCGCCCUACACCUGUGGGGUCAGCCCGUCACUCCCUUGCUGAGCCCUGGCCGGGCAGACUCCCCAGCUGCAGCCCUUCAGCUUAUCUCCGUGCUGCGAUCAACACACCUUGCUGACGGUGGGGCCAGAUUUGAUGAGCCUGUCCCAGACCUCUGCAGCCUCAAGAGGUUGACCUUCCAGAGUGGGGAUGUCCCUCUGAUCUUUGCCCUGGUGGAUCAUGGCGAUAUCUCCUUCUACAGUUUCAGGGACUUCAUGCUGCCCAUGGAUCUGGAGCACUGACAGUGGGGGCAGAGGGAUGGAGCCUGCUGUUGGGGACCUAGGAAGUUUAUUCUCGGGGCCCAUCUCAGCUGCCCUUACACCCCAACUCUGAUCUGUGGUGUCCGGGCCUUGGCCCUGAUGUCUGGUUCUUGAAAGAGUGUGACACCAUGCUCCCUACCCCGCCCCCCUGCCUUGCCUGCAGGGCUGCCUAACCCCAAGCUUCAGAGUGUUGCCUUGCAGUGACCCCCUUGAACUCAGGGCUGGUUUUCAGAGGCCCAGGAGGAGGGGCAGAUGAGGACUCUGUGCCUUUAAUGAGAGGGUGCCUGUUUCAUGCCAUAAAGCCAAAGCCAUUAAAAAUCAAUU